AACUAAUAAUUAUGUGUACGUGAGAGAAGCUUAUAUAUCGAUACAAUAGACGCAUGGUGGGGAUAGCAUUCCCCAUUUAUUUCGUAGUUCAUAUUUUGUCCAUACCUUGUGUCGCUAAAGUCGCACACAUCUUGGAACAAAAUGUAAUGAAUAGCCUUAACGAUAUAGGUUACAUAUAAAUAGUAUAAUGUUUUCUCAUCCCUUCCACAUGUAUGUUGCCAUAGUAAUAUUCGAAGUAUAAACAAUGAACACGCUGUAUUUAAUUAGAUUCAUUACUGAUAGUCGAUACGUGUUAUUAAACGUAUCAUAAUUUAGAUUUCUCUAAUAUUUAUCUAAAUAUUAGAUUAUAUUAAUCUAUUAAUUAAUUAUUCAUACAAUUUUAAUAGUUAAUCGUCAAUAAGAAUAAAUGAGUAUUUUAACUGCAAGGAAAUAUACGACGAUAAUAAUCGGACAAUAUUUAAUUUUAUUUUUCGAUAUUUGCGUUAAUUCUUUUGGAAGUUUCGCUAGGCAACAUCCAAUUAAUUUAUUAGUUCUUUAUGUCAUUCAAGAUUUUUGUCUUAUCGUAGCACUUAUUGUACUUUUGGUUAACUUUUUCUCGACAUAUAUUUUUCAGGCAGGAUUAAUACAAUUAUUGUAUAUUCGAUUUCGUAUGACAUUAAUUGUCUGUAUUUUAUACUUGGUAUUAAGUAUCAUUUUACAUAUAUGGCAUAUUACAUUACAUUGGUCUAAUCCAUUAACACAUAAUUGGACAAAAGGAUUUCAUGCCAUAUUUGCUGUGCAUAGAAUAGUUUCAGUUUUCUAUUAUUAUUUCUAUAAGAGAGCAGCUUUAAAAAUAGCAGACCCAAAAUUGUAUGAAGGAUCCAGUUGGGUAGAAAAACAAUUGAGUCUUCUAUGAAUAUUUAUUUUCUUAUAAGGGAAAAUUUUUUAAUUUGAAGGAACUUUAUAUUUAUAUAAAAUACAUAUGAAUCGCCUAAAUCAACGCAAACAUGUAAUUAAUAAAUAUUCAAUAUUAAAUGUGUAUUAUAUUAAAUAUAAUAUUAUCAAUAUUGAAUGAUAUAAAUAUCAGAAGAAUGUACCAUUUGCUUUUAUUGCAUAAAUGUAUAUGUGUAUAAGAUGAACAAUGAUCAUGAUCUUUCAUUUUAUUUUUCG